AUGCUUGGUCUUACAACUCUUAUCUUCGCUGGCGUUGGCGUAGUCAGCGCCAGAAGGCUGCCUCAUGUAGCUCCACGCCAAUUCAACAAUGACACUGCUCUAUCCUCCUCUCUUCCCUCGUACCAGGCUUAUAUCAAUGCCACUCGCAAUGACAACUCUCCGGUCGCCUUGCACAUUGACACCCUCGACAGCAGCAAACGUAAUGCUACGUCUCCUUACCUCUACGGUAUCAUGCAUGAGGACAUCAAUCACUCCGGAGAUGGUGGUAUCUAUGCAGAAAUGAUUGCCAACCGUGCUUUUCAAGGUAUGUCCAGCGGUUCAAAGUCUGAGAACCCAAUCGUUCCGUUCGAUCCUGUCAUGACGGCUUGGGCACCUAUUGGUGAUGGAGUACGCAUGACUCUUGAUAUUCUGCACCCUCUCUCGGAUGCUCUGGAGACCUCGCUCCAGAUUGACUUCCCUCUUAAUGCCACUGGAGAAGUCGGGUUCCAAAACUUCGGUUGGUGGGGCUUCGAUGUCCAUCCCCAGCAAUACAACGCCUCGCUGUUCUACCUGAACAAUUAUCCACGCAACACUCAGGGCAACGCCAGCGACAUCACUGUAUCCUUCCGCUCUAACGUCACUGGCGAGACAUGGGCAAGCUCGACCUUUAAGAAUGUCACGCCAACCUACAUCGAUUUCAAACAGCUUGAGACCACUUUGCAUCCCAACGUGACUGCUCCCGACGCCAACAACACUUUUGCCAUUACUUUCGAUGGUGCUCAAGUUGCUGGACAGACCUUUUAUUUCAACCUGGUCUCGGUGUUCCCUGAGACAUUCAAAGGCUACAAGAAUGGACUUCGUCCCGACAUUGCUCAGGGCUUCUACGAUCUCAACCCUCAGUUCUUGAGAUUCCCUGGAGGCAACAAUCUAGAGGGCUAUAGUCCCGCCCAGAGGUGGAAGUGGUGGGAGACUCUUGGCCCUCUUCAGGACCGCCCUGGCCGUGUUGGAGAUUGGAACUACUACAACACCCAAGGCCUUGGUUUACUUGAAUACCUCGAAUGGACUGAGGCUAUGGAUAUCGAACCCGUUCUUGCUGUCUACGCUGGCUUCUCUCUCGAUGUCUAUGGACAGAAUGGUGCUUCCUAUCCUCCUGAGCAGAUGCCUCAGAUCUUGCAAGAAGCCUUGGAUGAGCUCGAGUAUUGCAUGGGUGACAACUCCACUAAGUGGGGUGCCAGACGUAUCGCUGACGGACACCCUGAACCUUUCCAAAUCAACUUCGUUGAGAUUGGUAAUGAGGAUUGGUUCAGUGUUACCUAUCCUUACCGCUUCCAGAUCAUGUACGAUGGUUUGAAGAAGGCAUACCCUCACAUCACCUACAUCAGUACUGCCUUCAACGAGAAUGCCGCUAACUACAACAUCUCCAUUCCUGAGGGUAACAUGUGGGACUGGCAUGGCUACCAAGAGCCUUCAUGGUUCUUGGCCAACUUUGACCUAUGGGACAAUUGGCAGCAGGAAACAAACAACACCAAUGUCACCGUUCUGUUGGGCGAGUACUCGGUCAUUCAAAUCGACACACCGUCCGGUGUCGUUAACUACUCUUACCCUCUUGAUGUCCAUGUCCAGUACCCUCGCCUUCUCUCUGCCAUUGCUGAGGGUGUCUAUGCCCUGGGUGCUGAGCGUAACCCUCACACUGUCAAGAUGAGUUCUUACGCGCCUUCGUUACAGAACCGCAACUUCACAAACUGGACUCCCGACAUGAUUUCAUACGAUGCUCUGCAAGACAACACGGUUCUGAGCGCUAGUUACUGGCAACAGUGGCUGUUCGCCCACUACCGUGGUACCGAGACACUGCCCGUCACCGCCACCGAGGGACAAAUCAACCCUCUGUUCUGGGCAGCCAGCAUUGACGAGGGGAAGAAUGCUGUCUACCUCAAGGUGAUCAAUACUCUGAACUCCACCGUUCCCUUGAGCGUCAAUAUCCCCUCUGCUUACUCAGGUGUUAACGGCACUUCCAUCACUGCUAGCGACCUCAACUCGUACAACUAUGUCGGGAACAAGACUGAGGUUAUUCCUCGUCCUGCUGACCUUGAGUCGUCAGCAAGCUCGGAGAAUGGUUCUGCUUGGUCUUGGGAUGUACCCAAGUACAGUAUCACUGUUCUCCAAUUUGACCUGUGCUAA